GCAUCGUCGGCGAAAAGAACGAGUGCCCGUGGUGCUACAUUAUAAGCAGCUACCUUAGAAACGUAAUGCAGGUUAUAGUAUCUGAGUAUUUACCGGGAUGGCUAAAUAGCUUUGAAUUCCUAUCUCAACAGAAAUCACUGUAGGAAAAAAAGAAACGGUGUAUUCAUUCUUCUUUUUACUUAUGAGUGAAGGAGGAUGUCUCUUUUUAAAGCUCGUGAAUGGUGGUCGACCAGCGUAGGAGAAGAGGAAGAGUUUGACCAAGGCUGUUUAUGUGUUGCAGAUGUUGAUAAUAGUGGUAGUGGAUAUGAUAAAGUAAUUGUCGGUAGCUAUAUGGGAUUUCUGCGAAUAUAUUCUCCACACCCUGCUAAAGCUGGAGAUGAAAUGAAGGCUGAGGAUCUGCUUUUAGAAGUACAGCUACGUAACUCAAUUUUACAGGUGGAAGUCGGGAAGUUUGUCUCUGGCACAGAACUACUUCAUUUGGCUGUUCUGCACCCUAGAAAGUUGUGUGUCUACUCAGUCUCAGGGACUCUUGGUAAUAUAGAACAUGGGAAUCAGUACCAGAUAAAACUAAUGUAUGAGCAUAACCUCCAGAGGACUGCCUGCAACAUGACAUAUGGACCAUUUGGUGGCGUUAAAGGGCGAGACUUGAUUUGCAUUCAGUCCAUGGAUGGUAUGCUUAUGUUCUUUGAACAGGAGAGCUAUGCUUUUGGUCGCUUUUUGCCUGGUUUUCUUUUACCUGGACCACUCAGCUACAGUUGCCGAACUGAUGCCUUUAUUACAGUCUCUUCUUGUCGACAAGUAGAGAGCUACAAGUAUCAGGCACUUGCUGUGGCAACUGAUGCAGACACCAGGCAAGAAGCUGAGCAGCAGAAACUUGGCUCUGGAAAGAGACUUGUAGCGGACUGGGUUGUCAGUAUUGGAGAACAGGCAUUAGAUAUAUGCAUUGUGUCAUUUGGUCAAGCUGCUUCCUCAGUGUUUGUAUUGGGGGAAAGAAACUUUUUUUGCUUAAAGGAGAAUGGUCAGAUUCGUUUUAUGAAGAAAUUGGAGUAUAAUCCUAGUUGCUUUCGGCCAUAUGCUUCAGUAUCUGAAGGAACAGUUAACACACUGAUUGGAAACCACAACAACAUGAUGUUUAUCUAUCAGGACGUAACUCUGAAAUGGGCUGCUCAGCUUCCAUAUACCCCUGUUACUGUUCAUGUCGCCACUUUUCAGGAUCUGAAAGGAGUUCUAGUCUCACUAAGUGAUACUGGGUAUUUGCAGUGCUCAUACUUGGGGACAGAUCCUAUGCUUUUCCAGGCUCCCAAAGUGGACUCCCGGGAAGUCAACUAUGAUGAGCUUGAUAUUGAAAUGAAAAAGUUGCGGAAAAUCAUCAAGCAAACUGAAAAAUCACAAGAUUUGUUGCCGAGGGCAAGAAAAGAAGAUGAUCUGACAGUAAUUGCAGCCGUCUCCUCUAACCUGGAUCCCGUAUCUCAAGCCACUGACAGUGAAGCAGGAGAUGAGCAUGUCCCAUCAGUAACAGUAAAGAUUACAGUCAAGACUCGAAUUCUUGUGCAGAAUGUCAAGCUUUCGGUCAGUGUUCAACCUCCUUUGGCAGUAACUCAGGACCAGUUCAUCUUUAAAUCAGUCGAGCCAGCAGCCUGCCAAUUUGCAACAUUCGCUGUAUUCCUUAAGGGAAACUGUUCCCCAGCAGAGCUAACAGGAGACGCUGCAGUGACUUACAGUUCGCCAACUGAGUUAAACCCUGAGGGAAUUCCUCAGGUGGCUCAGUGCAAAUUUAGCCUCCCCUUGAAACUUGUUUGCUCCCCAGCUCAGCCUUCGAAGAAUGCAAAUUACAAAAUAACUAUUGACACCAACAAGCCUCCUGUUAAUCUCACCAGCCUUUUCCCAGAUUUUCUUAGCCAGACAGAUGAAGAACAGAUGAAUGUUGUAGGAUUCCAAUUGAUAGCCGGAUCUAGAGUGACACUUCUUGCUUCCAAAACAUCUCAGCGAUAUAGGAUUCAGAGUGAACAAUUUGAAGAUCUCUGGCUUAUAACAAAAGAACUCAUCCAAAGAUUUGAAAAACAUUUUGCCGUACAAGGAGUCAAAGAUUUCAUGUGUAGUUUUUCCGGGACUAUCCCAUUACAAGAAUAUUUUGACAUGAUGGAUCAUCACUUUGAGCUUCGUCUGAAUGGAGUCAAGUAUCAGGAACUUUUAUCAGAAAGAGCUGUGCAGUUUAGAGCUAUUCAGCGACGACUUCUAGCUCGCUUUAAAGACAAGACUCCAGCUUCUCUUCAAAAUUUAGAUGUUUUACUAGAUGGAACCUAUAGACAGAUAAUAUCUCUAGCAGAUGCAGUAGAAGAAAAUCAAAGGAGUUUGUCUAAGGCAUUCACUAGACUGAAAAGUGCUACCCAUCUUGUGAUCACACUUAUUGGCCUGUGGCAAAACCUUAACAAGGAACAGGUAGCAAUUCUGGAAUCAGCAUUUUUGCCUAUCUUGCAAGACAUGCAGGAGUUGGGCUGGGAAGAAAGUGUUGAUGCUGCUGUUUCCCAUUUGUUGCGGACCUGCUUGUCUAAAAGUCCAAAAGAACAGGCAUUGAACCUCACUAGCCACUUGUCUAUGCCCAAGGAUAACAGCAGAAUGAAAAAGCAUAUUACUUUACUCUGUGAUAGGCUGGGAAAAGGUGGACGACUCUGUUUAUCUUCUGAAAGUAAUGUACAGCAGGCUGUCAUCAUACCAGAUAGCUGUUCCACUAUUCAUGAGUCUGAUCAAGAAGAGAAGGUAAAUGGAGAUACCACAAAGCAGUUUAACAACCACACAAACCUUGCAAAUAAAACCAAACAGGGUCCAGAAGGUGAUACAGGUUAGAGGCAUGUUAUAGCCUGACCACACAGCAUUCCCUGCCUUCCCUUCAAAGUAUUGAAGAUAUUAUAACAAAAAGCACAGAACAUUAUGUCAUCCAACAUAUCAUCUGGAAAAUUAUAUUAAAAACGUGAAUUUACUCUUUAAUUAUUUGCUCAGCUCUUGCAGUAAAAAAGUAUAAUAAAGUUUUGUUUUUCUAAUAUA